CGCGGGCCACAUCACGUCGAGUUGGCCAUUGCGCAGCGCAUUCAGUUCAUCGAACUGCUGUUCUCUCGCUAGCUGGACGCUGUCCGAGACGACCCGAACGACAACAAGCUUCAGCGCGGACGUACCCCAACGCGCACCAUGGCGGAAUCGGGCUCCGCCUUCAAGGACAUCCCGGAACUGUUCGAGAACGAGCUCGGCGAGGCGCUGACCGCCCGGACGGAAGUGCUCUCCAACUUCCGCGAGCUCGGCCCACCGGACCUGUGCCACAUCGUGAAGACGACGGGCCGGAGCGGGCAGCGCGAUCUGGGCUCGUACCACUUCGUGUCCGGCGUGGACGCGUCGUCGUCCGCGUCCCUGGCCGCGUACAUCAAUUCGCUCACGUACGCCAUCGAGGACAACUCGGCGUGGUUCAGCAAGAGCGCCGCGUGGAAGAUCAAGAACGGGUCGUACUGCUGCUUCAACGCGUUCUCGAGAGUGGAUGUACGCGUCGACGUGCGCAUACCGGGCGGCGUCCACGCAUACGUGAUUGAUCUGCGGGGCGAGAGACACGAAGCGACCCCCGAGAUAUGGCAAGAAACCUACGUCUCUGCCAUCCUGCGCGCGGUGCUCUACUCGGACGACCCCACCUACUGGAUCGACGCAUGGCGCAAGCUCGACCCCAUCACUACCCCAGAAGGCGAACUCCGGUUCCUGCAGGCGGCCGAGCAUCUGUUCAUGAAGGGCUGGCAGGUUGGGUCCGACCCGGAGAUACAAGUCGCGACCGUCGUGUCCAACCAUCUGACGGCGGCCAUCAUGAAGUACUUCGGGGACAGCUUCAGGUGGCAGCAGGCUGCGAACCUAUUCGAGAAGAUAUCCGCGCGAGAUCCGGAAGUCGCGUCUCUGCUUGCCAAGAGCUACCUCGGCAUGAACGAGGAAGUCAAAGCGGUUCAGAUCAUGUCCGCCGCGAUGAAGCAGACGCCGCAAUCCUACACUCUCCUCCACGUGCAAUGCGACUACCUCCGCUCCAAAGGCCGGUACGAUUGGGCGCUAAAACUCGCCAAGCAGGCGGUCAACUGCGCGCCGAGCGAGUUCGUCACCUGGGAAAAGCUAACGGAGGUCUACAUCGAGCUCGGGGAGUACGAAUCCGCGCUGCUCACGCUCAACUCGUGUCCGAUGUUCACCUUCAACGGCCGAGACCAGCACAGACCGCUUCAACCCGCGCGGGUGCACCUGCCACCGAAGGGACCGAUUGUGGAGAUCCUACCGGAUCGGACGCGAACGGAGGACGACGAGGCCGACCCAGCGUUGCUGCGCCUUCCGGCCCCCGGCCUGCGAGGAACCUGGGCACGGGCCUACACCUUGCUGACCAAGCUGGCGUCGCACAUAGGUUGGGACGAGCUCCUGAAGACGAGGAGCGCCGUCUUCGUCAUGGAGGAAGAGUACCGCAUGCAGAAGGCCGCGUCCGACAUCCACCAGCACGCGCGGACGGCGAGCAAGGACGCGGACGCGGAGAGCACCGUCGUCGGCCACGACGGGUCGCUCGCGCCGGACGCGGCGCAGGGAAAGGGAAAGGGAAAGGGCAAGGCGGACCCGAACGGAGACGACGACGACGCGAGCACGCGCGGCGUGGUGUCGCCCGCCGUCAGCGCGUCGGACGCGGACGUGGAGGACCUGCAGGCGGGGAUCCCGACGAUCAGGAUAUCGAGCGAGUCGGAUCGCACGCACCGGCUUGAGCGGGAGCGGGAGAAGGAGAAGGAGAAAGAGGAGGCGGAGGAGAAGGCGAAGGCGCACGCGCAGGCGGAGGCGGAGGCGAACGGCGUGAACGGUGCGGGCGGGCUCGAGCGUCCUGUGCAGGCUGCGGCGGGCACAGGCGAGGCAGGCGAUGAAGAUGCACUCAAGUCGCCGAAUCCCGGGGCGGGGCAGGAGGCGUUCUCGUUCAGCAACAAGCGUCUCUGCGAACGGUGGUUGGAUAACUUGUUCAUGGUUCUGUAUGAGGAUCUCCGGGUGUGGACCAUCUUCCGCGCCGAAGUGGCGCAUUUCAAGACCCAGCACAUAGCAUACCGCAAGACGGGCAUGGAGUGGGAGAUCUUGGGCGAUCUCGGGCUGCGGCUGCACCAUAAGGAAGAGGCGAAGGAGGCGUACCAGAGGUGCCUCGACACGCCGCGGUACUCGUACAAGCCGUGGAUGAAGCUGAUGGAGACGUACACCGAGGAGGGAGACUUGCCGCGGACGCUGCAAGCUGCGAUCCGGGUAGCGGCGUACCAGUACGGGGACUAUACCGAGAUGACAUAUCCUACCCUCAUCGCGAGGUGUUUCUUCAAGCUUGGCCAGAUGCACGGCCAUGCCAAAAUAUCGUACACGCUCAUGAGUAUGAGCCUCCCCGAACCGAUCUUGAAGAUCAUGGAGAGCUUCUUGCACUAUGGAACGGUGUUCAAGGUGGAGGGGCACAACUUCUGAGUCUUGGACGGGCCUCCUGUACUUAUUGCUAUGCGAUGCGUUUUUUUCGUAUUCGAUAUUAUUGAUGAAUGUG